UAUAACAACACCGAGGACCGCAAGGUGGCAUAUUCGAUAUUCAUGCCGGUCUUCGCUGAGGCCUGCAGCGAGUCUAUUGACAACGGUUACAUGCCCACCCUUACUGCUGAGGCCAGCAAUCUCCAAUUCUUUGACGACGAGAGCGCAGGCAUAUUCGAUGCACUGCACUUCAACAGCUGCUCCAAAAAUACAGACAAGUAUAACGCCGAUCACUUCCCUCUCCUUAUUUUCGAGCCCGCUGUUGGAACAAGUCGAUUCAUGUACAAUCAGCUCGCCCGCCAAUUCAGUGCGAACGGAGCUCACGUUGUUACCAUCGAUCACCCCUACGAUGCAAACAUCGUCGAAUUUCCCGGCUCGGAUCCCAUUCGAAAUGGCGGGUCCGUCAGCCUUGAUCCUUUUCAGGUUAACAAGCCUGUGAAUGGCACCGAAACGAAAAAGGCAAUUGACACGCGCAUUGCCGAUGUCGAUUCUGUGAUCAAAGAAUUGGAGAAGGCCAAUACACUUCCGAGACUUUUUCCCGCAUUUACUUUCACGGACGGCAACACGAAGGUACCCACGCAGCGCCUCUUCAUGGUCGGUCAUGGUCUCGGUGGCUCUGUUGCGACCUCCAUGGGAUUUUAUGACAAACGCGUCGAAUGGACUAUAAACCUUUCCGGCUCAACGCCUGUCCUCGCGGAGGAUGUUUAUCCAUACACCAUUUUCUUCGGCCGCGAAAACUACAGGAGUGAAAACGACACUGCUUGGCAGGAGACUAUGAAGCACAUUGCCGGGCCCCAGGUAGAGUGGACCUAUCAUAAGGCGGAACAAUUCGACUUCAGCGAUCUUCCUCUUGUGUCCCACCUUGUUAAUCCAAGCAAGAAGCCUAAAGGCCUUGGGGUGCCCUAUCAGGACAUGGACCCCAACGACCCAACCGCCACAUUCCGAGCCCUGAGCUGCUUCCUUGAAGGCUAUUUUCGCGAUACUUUGAUUCCGGGGUGGUUUGUCGAACCGAGGCUGCCAGGACAAAGCCACGACGCCAUUCAAAAAUGCCUUGGUUGGUUUGGUGGCGCCAUGAAGCCACAUGUCAUGGACAGCAGCUGAACAUUAGACAAGUGGUGAUAGGUCUCAUACGAUAAUCUUCGCUGUCUGGAGGUGCCGCAUUCAGGUUCCUCUUGCGGUUGGACCACUGCAUUCCCUCAUUCUGUUGGGCUCUGAAUCCAAGGGGCAGGCUAUACAAUGCUGAACAUAGCAUAUACUAUAUGAAGGAAGCCUGAAUGAGUCGUAUUCAGAUAUAAUUUGGGGUUGCAUCCCUUGUCGUUAGCCUGUAGAGUCUGGUUUGCAACUCCUAAAUACAAGGACC